UACAUUAGGUGAUAUGGUGCUUUGCUACUUUGGGUCAGUGUUUUCCCCCCGUUUUUGGUCAUUCAUCUAUGAUUCAGUGAUUCGGUAUGUGAUUUAGGAUAGUCUGAAAGUGCCACUUUCAUAUCUUUUAGUUCGAACAGAAUGACUGAACUCGCCCGAAAAUGUCGGUGUUGUCGAUAUUCAUAUUCGAAUAUGUGAAGGGUCUACAAUGUCUGAAAAUGAUUCAUUGUUGAGCUGAUCAUAUGGUGUAGCUACUGCUGAUGUUUAUAUCAUUCACACUGUCAUUGACAACAUCCUUGUUAAUUUUACUUGUGAAUUUCAACUUUCUCAUGUAAUAAUCGCUAUGUCGACAAUUUCGAGACAUGUUGCCCUUGAAAUGUGGAUGAAUGUUCCUGGAUUUUGAUGAUUACCUUUGUUGAUCAUUUUCAGAAACAAUGGCAACUCAUGAAUGAGGAAGUUCAUGUUACUAGAGUAAAAACUUGAAACUAUGAAUGAGUUUGGAACUGGAAGAUCAAUGCCAUGGAACAUGUACCCAAGUUCCGAUCCGAGUCCGUCUCAACCUGUAUUCGAUAAGGAACCACCGUUGAAAAACUUGGGGACAUCUAUGAAUGCCAUUUCUUUCGGCUUUGUUGCUACAGCCAUCUUGAUAUCGAUGUUUGUUAUCUUGGCCAUCUUCGAACACCUUUUUCAGCCAAAUUCUUCUUUCUCUUCAACCGAUCAAGAAGGACUAGGAUCCGGAGCUGCCGAAAAACUCGGGAAUCCGCAAAGAGUAUCGACGCCGUAUGUGACUGAUUUGACAGUGGUGAUGCCGGGAGAACAAAAUCCUACCUACAUAGCUCAGCUUGCUCCUCUCCCUUGUCCAAGGGAAGGCAUCCAUUGGCCUCCCCAUGAACAUAGUUUUGUAUAUCCUUAAGCAUACAGCAUCAUCUAUGAUGUUUUGGAAUACAUUUACCUACUUGUCUUCCAUUACUAUUUUCCAAUGAAAUAUUAUAAUCUUGACAGAUU